CUCUUCCAAAUUCCAAAUGGGUAGCCUCAAUUCACAAGAAAACAAUUCUUCCAACUUAUCCACAAACCCUCUAGAUCCUGAGGAGUUCAGGAGGCAAGGCCACUUGGUCAUAGACUUCAUUGCAGAUUAUUACAAAUCCAUAGAGAAAUACCCAGUUCUAAGCCAAGUCCAACCAGGCUACCUCAAAAAACGCUUGCCAGAUUCCGCCCCAUACAACCCUGAACCCCUUGAAACCAUCCUCCAAGAUGUUCAAGACCAUAUUGUCCCUGGCAUAACUCAUUGGCAAAGCCCUAACUACUUUGCCUACUUUCCUUCCAGUGGUAGCGUUGCGGGGUUCCUCGAAGAAAUGCUUAGCUCCGGAUUCAAUGUUGUGGGAUUCAACUGGAUCUCAUCGCCAGCUGCUACUGAGCUUGAAAGCAUAGUCAUGGAUUGGUUUGGAAAUAUGCUCGAACUUCCCAAGUCUUUCCUUUUCUCCGGCAAUGGUGGUGGUGUGAUACAAGGGACAACUUGUGAGGCCCUUGUUUGUGCAAUGGUAGCUGCCAGGGAUCAAAAGCUACGCAAAAUUGGUAGAGAAAACAUUGGGAAGCUAGUUGUGUAUGGAUCCGAUCAAACACAUAGCGCACUUCAAAAAGCUUCCCAAAUUGUUGGAAUUCACCCUGAGAAUUUUCGUACCAUAGAGACAACAAGAUCUACAUCAUUUGCGCUUUCACCCGAGUCUCUAAAAGUGACCAUUCAUUCAGACAUAGAAGCUGGGCUUGUCCCAUUGUUUCUAUGUGCCACACUGGGAACAACCGCGAUUUCUACUGUUGAUCCAUUGCGGCCACUCUGCAGCGUAGCGGGAGAUUAUGGCAUGUGGGUUCAUGUGGACGCGGCAUAUGCCGGGAGUGCUUGCAUUUGUCCUGAGUUUCGACAUUUCCUUGAUGGCGUCGAGGGUGCAGAUUCGUUUAGUCUGAACGCGCAUAAAUGGUUCUUCACCACUCUCGACUGUUGCUGCCUUUGGGUUAAGAAUCCCAACGCGUUGGUAAGUUCACUCUCAACGUAUCCUGAGUUUUUAAGGAACAAGGCCACAGAAUCGAAGCAGGUGGUGGACUACAAAGACUGGCAACUAGCCUUGAGCCGGAGGUUUCGGUCCAUGAAGCUAUGGCUUGUGCUUAGAAGCUAUGGGGUGGCGAACCUUAGAAACUUUCUUAGAAGUCACGUAAAAAUGGCCAAGAUUUUUGAAGGGCUUGUGGGGAUGGAUAAAAGGUUUGAGAUUGUAGCUCCUAGGAAUUUCUCCUUGGUUUGUUUUAGGGUUUCACCGGCUGCGAUUAACAACAAUGCUUCAAGUGAUCAGAAUGGUAAGAGGGAUUAUUGCUAUGAUGCUAAUGGUGAUGAAUAUAGUGUAAUUAUCAACGAGGUGAAUCGCAAGUUGCUGGAGUCCAUCAAUGGGUCAGGUCAUGUGUACAUGACUCAUGGUGUGGUUGGAGGUUUGUACAUGUUACGUUUUGCAGUUGGUGCAACUUUGACUGAGGAACACCACGUUGCCUUGGCUUGGAAGGUGGUGCAAGAGCAUGCAGAUCAAAUCCUUAUCAAGUAUUGA